GCGGUGUCCUCUGAGAGCAGCCGUUUUGGGCAGAGUUGUUCUGCAUCCACCAAGAAGUCAAGAGACCUGUGUGCAGUGCCUCCGGCUCUCUCCUCCGCACCAUGAAAGCACCCGUCAUCCUCUACGUCCUCUUGGCUUUCCUAGACCAAGGCAGCUCUCUCCAGUGUGAAGUUUGCGAUGGGUUUGAGCAAGACUGUUCUGGCCCCAUGCAGACCUGUGAUCCUGACCAAGAUACCUGCGGUAUUAUCAAAGGUGAAGAGAUAUACGACGGAGUGAAGAUGCUGUUUAACUGGAAGUCCUGUGUCACAUCCAACGUGUGUCACUACCGUAAUUCUGGCAUAUAUUCCAGGAAUUCAUUCAGACUCAGAAGGAGUAUCGCCUGCUGCACCGGGGAGGCCUGUCGAACAGUAUCUGUGCAAUUGCCACCAGUGAACACCACUCCCAAUGGCUUGCAGUGUCCAGCAUGCUUCAGCCUUGGAUCUUAUGACUGUGGCAACGACACUGUGUAUUGUACCGGGGCUGAGUCCUACUGCUUUGAUUUCGAAGGGUCACUUAGCAAAGGGGAAGUCAGUGUGAAAGCCGCAGUAAAAGGCUGCACCUCUCUGUCUGAGUGCAAAAUGUCACAUGAUGAGAAACAGGAACUCCUACGCAUCUCCGUGGUUUUCAACAGGUUUGAAUGCAAACCGGCCUCUCCUGCAGCCAGCAAGGCUUCUGGAUGGACCCCGCCACACACCCUCUCUCUUCCCAUCAUGGUCGGGCUCAUCUUGGUGAAGACAAUGUCCUGAUGUUCCCGAGGGCCAAGAAAUGCAGGGUCGGAUGUGGAUGCCUCUGCCUCCUCGCUUGUGUGUGACACUUCCUGCUAUGGCUUCUCUCUGCGGGUGGUUUUUUGCCCCCAGGCCUGGACGCAAGACAUGGCCAUGAUGUGAAAGAGGAUUGACACACAACGCAUCACCCUGCUGUAUUCCCAUUUAUUAGAAGCUGGGGUAAAGUUAUUCCGGAAGAAAUCACAAAUAAAACUUUUCUCCUCUCUUAAUCUUGAUAUUCUUACGUUGGUGUAUGGUCAUUUAAGCUAGACCAGCAUUAAUGAGUCACGUCCAGCUUAACGUCUGGCAUGUGUUUAAUUUGUCAGGUUUUCUGAUGUAUUCUGCAGCUCUUUCUCCCAGGCUGGGGUGCAGGGACACACUGUUUAAUACCGCUGUGCAGUACAAGCAGCAGGAAGAGGAGAUCUUGGGACAACUCUAGUUUCUAGCUGCAUAAAACAGCCUCAGAAAGACCCUUUCAGUUCUGUUAUGCUUUACCAGACACUGCUGGGGGCUAAAAGGGCCAGGACCAAACCCUUUGAGUUUUCUCAUCAAGAAACUUAAGGAGAAGUAGGGCUGGAAAGGACCUGUAGUCCAAGCCCUGCUCGAGGCAGGAUCAGCCCUGUGUGAAGCACCCCAGACAGGCAGGUGCUUGCCGAAUCUGCUCCUAAAGACUUCCCAGGAUGCAGAUCCCACCACCCCUGUAGCAUUAUCUUUCCCAAAGCUCUACCGGGCUCAUAGCCAGCACGUUCUUCCUCAUCGCCAGCCUCGAUUUCCCUUGCUGCAAUUUGAGACCAUCAUUCCUUGUACUAUCCAAGAAGGAACAGUUUAUUGCCAUCCUCCUUAUAACUACGCUUCAGGUAUUUGCAAACUAUUAUCAAAUCCCCGCUCAAUCUUUACUUCUCCAGACUAAAAUGUCCCAGUUCUUCCAAGCUCUUCUCAUAAGGGCUCAGCUCUGGGACUCCUUCCUCAGAGGCUCACCACAGUCGAGCCCGGACAUCUUUCAGAUGCACUGCAAGACCUUCCUAUUGGGGCAGGCAUUUAGCAAGCAAAGCUAAGCCAAGGUAGAGUUUACUAAAUCUGGUUCAUCUGGAUAUACUAGUGGCCCAUUAAGUUGUUCUGUUCUCU